AUGCAGCUUUCAAUAGAUAUUAUCAAGACAACAAGACGAGGUAGCGUCAGCAGUGAUGGGCAGCAACCCAGAAACUUGCAAUACAGGCUUCCUCCCACAGUCCCAGCUUCACGCCGAACUCGGUGGCUGGCUGCUGGGCUGCUUGUAACCAUUGUUUCUUUGGGCUGGUGGCUUCACUACCCAACAACGCACCAUUUUGAAAGUUUCUUGAGUAAAGGAGUCAGACACGAUAACCCACCUCCGGUCCAGGUAGUCAGACGCUACAACAUCACCGUGGGGGCUAGGUGGAUGAAUCUAGAUGGGGGUUUUUGGAGAGGUAUCUUUGUAUGCAAUGGGGAAACCCCGUGUCCGACUCUGUUUGCACAAGAAGGAGACAUCGUGGAGCUGAACGUCCACAACGAUCUUUUUGGCCAGGUAUCGAUCCACUGGUCUGGCAUGAAUCACCGAAGAUUCGGGUUUUGGAACGACGGUACCGGAGGUCUGAAUCAAUAUGGGCUUCUUCAAAGAGGCAACUUUACAUCUCGAUAUGAUACAACAGGACAUUGGGGUCUGAACUGGUAUGCCGACCACACUGGUAUCGGGAUCAUGGACGGCGCCCAUGGACUGUCCUACAUUGCGCCGUCACCCUCACGCCCCCGGCCGUACCACCUUAUUACCUCUUCACCCACUGAACUGGCUUUGAUUCAAGAGGCAGAGCGUGAUGUCCAGCAUAUGUUGGUCUGGAACUAUUACCGUCGCGACGCCAACUGGCGUGUCCUUGAGAUGAAGAGUGAAGGAACCAACCUCAACUGCUAUGACUCCAUACUUGUCAAUUCGAAAGGCCGACGGCACUGCCGUCAUCCCGACUACCCGACACUGAACGGAAAGAGACUAGAUGAGUCAGGGUGUGUGUUGGAGCAAGGGAAUGAUGGUGUCGAAUGCACUCCUACGGAGGCAGAUUAUGAGGUUAUUGAAACUCAUGGGAGGCCGUGGAUCAUGCUCAAUGUCUUGAACAUCGGCUUCGAGCACGCAAUCCAGUUCAGCAUCGAUGACCACAAGUUAUGGAUCGUUGCAAACGACGGCGGCUUCGUGGAGCCGCAGCUCGUCGAUGUUCUUUACAUCACCAACGGGGCCCGCUACACCGUCUUGGUCAAGCUCGACCAGGAGGGUGACGACUAUGCAAUGCGUUUGGUGUCGACAAGCACACAUCAGAAUCUCCACGGGUACUCCAUCUUAAGAUACCCAGCCCUACGCUACCCUCUGCACGGAGCCCCUAUGGAAAUCCAUAAUCCUCCCAGCGGCUCACCGCCCUGCAUCAAUCCGGAUGGAUCCAUCAAUCCCUCGUGCAACACGACGACGCCAGCAUCUCUGGCGCCAUAUCCCCCAUCAUUUCCCCCUUGUUCGAACAAAACCCUUCACUUCCGGAUCGCCCAACAGCCGUCACGGUAUGAGGAACACGUCACCGAGUGCUUCCUAAACCAGAGACCGUGGCAGCUCUACCACGCACAAAUGGCCCCUCUCCUGUUCAUCGACAACGUGACGGCCGUCGAGCCUCCUGUUGUGGGCGAUCUGCCCUGGGGCACCACCGUCGACGUGAUCGUUCAAAACACAGUGGAUGACACCAUGCCGCUCUACAAACACGGGGAUCCCAUGUUUCUCCUUGGCUCGAAACCCAAUGCCACUUGGGAAUGGGGCACGGUUAGGGAGGCUAUCGCCGCCGGCGUCGAGGGGCUCAACUUAAAGGACCCUGCCCUACAACUUGUCCACGACGUGCCGCCCCUGGGCUGGGCAGUGGUACGGUGGGAGAUCCGUGUCCGGGGUGCCACCAUGUUGCACUCCAACAAGUUCAAGUACUACGCGAUGGGGAUGUCAGCACCCUUGCUCGAAGGCAUGGAUAGUAGCAUGCAGAACGAAAUACCUGAGCACGCGAAGAGUAUGCCACAUGUCGAGUUUACUCCCAAAAAUGAUGGAGUCUUUGGUUAG